CACCAGUAAUUGGCAUUUUGCUCACGAUCAUGUUCAUUUUGAAGAAUUCCAAAAAAUCAUUUCCGGUUUAAAAAUUAGUAGUAUUCAUAUCUACGCCCUACGAUGUGUGUCUUUUUUCGCUGCGACACUCUUCCAAUGGUCAGCAACUUCACACGAUUUAUUUUCUAACUUGUUACUUCGAACAACAGAAUUUCCUGUGUUUCUCACGUGUCUCCAUAUGUGUUGUUAGUCGAUGACCAUUUUCAGAAUCAUUUUGCGUUGUUCAUUUACUCUGCGUUCCUUUUCAGUUUGUUUAAAACUACUCUUCUUGGUUCAUCCGAUUAAAAAGUACCAAUUCGAGUCUGUGGCAAUUUUUCAUAUAAGCAUUCCUUACCGAUUCAAAUCACAACCAAGGAUCCAAGAUCCUAGUACGGAUUCAUCCUGCGCGCAGGAAAGCCGCAGAAUUUCUGCUGAACAUACCGAGUCGCAUCUUUUCAACAUGCACUCGAAUGACGUCCAUACAUUACAGCCCUCAAUACUUGCAUUCGCAAGCUUGCUGCUGCGAGAUCGUGUGCGCACGGCGCUCAGUGAUCUUCUGCGUUUUUCCGGCUCUACUGGGGAGAGAGUCACGAACAAUCCAGGGGAACAUGAGGUGCAUUCGCAUCUGAGGUGAGUUAUGUUGUAGUUGAUAGAGUGUGUUGUGUACUCGAUAUAUCUUGAUUUGGACACUCCUUCCAACUUCAUCCGCUAGCCUUGUUGUAGUUGAUUUUGUACAGCCGGAAACUACAGCUCCUUACCAUCUCCCAUCUACCUCCGGUGAAAGAUGUCGUCGCACCUCUCCUCGCAACUUACCGAGGGGAGGAUCAAGGAAUUUCGAGAGAAGGUCGAAAACAUGCGAACUCGCAUGGAUUUAGACCAGAAGAAAGCGUCGCCUUUUGUGCCCGCGGAUCCAGAUUGCCAUCUUUUGAACGCUUUCAAAGCGUGGGACCAUGCAAGGAUUAAGGAGGGAAUCACGUGUGUUGCGGCAGCCGCAAUGGCGAAAGAUGCUGAACUAAAAUCCACCAUGGAUCCCGAAUUACUGAAACUACACGGGAAGUACAACAUCGGAUUCGUACAUGACGCGUGUGUCAUAUGCAAGCACGACGACCAAGAGGCAUACAAGGUGUUCACGGAUGGUGGCUCUUGUAUUGGUUGUUGCGGUUGCCCGCCGUCGUGGCCUAACCAUGUCCGGCGCAGGCAGAAGAUGUGUUUGGAGCCGCUACCUUGCAACAUCGACAAGUUUGGCCCUUCUGCGCCGCCACCAGAUGAUAUGGACCCACUACUCGUUGCCGAAGUUUGGAGACAGUCCAUGAGCGAAACUGCUGUGGAGCCGCUGCUUCAGCACGCCAGGGUCGAGAAUCCUAUCUCAUUCCAGGCAGCAAAGGCUGCUGGGUGGACUUACGUGUUCCGCCGGUAUGGGAUUGCCCAGAAGGAGAAGAUUCGCAUGAUUGAUCCGGCAUGCGCUUGCAACGAGCGGUCACAUCUCGAGCGAUCAGUCCCCAUGGCGAGUGCUGCUGACAUCUUGGCUUCGGCUACCGUCUUGAAGCACCCCACUUUGCGCGGCAUGAACGUCGUGAACAUGACGAGACGGGUCGUCAAGAAGGGCAGGAAGAUGGAGGUUGCCUAUGAAAAGGCUUUUCUGGACCACAUUGAGACAGGUACUCCAAUUCCGGAGCAGCUUCUCAAACCAGUGCAUGACUUCCACGAGUUCAACGGGUUCCACUCUGCUAGUAGUGCCAAACGCAGGAAGAUCGACUACUCUUUGAUCAUUUCGCUGAUCAUGCUCUGUGUUGACGCCCAUAAGGCGUACAACACCAUCGGCGUCCGUCCUUCUCACCGAAAGUAUAAUCGUUUUUGCGCGUUCAACGGAACCUGUUACAUGUUCUUUCAGGCGUUGGUGCUGAUUUUCGGUAACGUGCACAGUGUGGCGGCGUGGUGUAGAGUCAGCAGCGCAAUAAAAUCGAUUAUCCGCUUCUUUGUAGGGAUUGUCGUCUCUGUCUACGUGGACGAUUACCCCGCGCCUGUGCCGCAGGCCGUGGGUGAGCACGCAAUGGAUCUUGUGCUGCACAUUUUUCGUACCAUCGGGCUGCCAAUUCACCCGGCAAAAGCGCGGCUGGGGCAGCAGUUGGAGGUGCUUGGGCUGCUGUUUGACCUUGCGUGCCUGUAUCCGGAAUUUUUCAUCUCCCUCCAGAGGCGGGAAGCCAUUUCCAGAAUCAUAAGGUCUGCCCUGGAAACUAGUUCCCUGCCGAUCAAGGACGCUGAGUCCUUGCUCGGGAAGGUUAUGUUCUGCCUAUCUGCAUUGGUAGAUAGGCAGUUCAAUCCGGUCCUCAAGCCGUUGUGUAAUUACGUCAAUGAGAAGUCUGGCGUCUUCUCCGUGCCGCUGCAGAGAUGCCUGCACAACAUCUUGUCGAUAUUGGGUCGGGAUCUUCGUCGCGUUACGAAAUUUGAAGAUCCGCGUUCGCCGAACACGAUGGUCUACACGGAUGCCGCCUUCAGUCACAAGUGCGGCUACAUCUCGGUAGUCAUUGUCAGAGGAAAGAAGAUUCGCGUAGCGCGAUGUCGAGUCCGCGCCGACGAAAUCAUCAAAACAACCAGACGGUCUCCCAUCAACUUCCUAGAGACUAUUGCCGCGGUCAUGGCGCUCAUCGUGCUGCAAGAAGAGCUGAGCGGCGAGUUCUUUAGGCUAUCCGUGGACAACGACAGUGCGAAGGGUGCCCUCCUGAACAUGAAUUCCCCGGCUCCUGAGCUCGCGGGUGGAGCUUUGCUUUUUUGGGCGGUGGCUUCCAAACAGUCAAUGACGCCGUGGAUCGACAGGGUACCAUCCGGCUUCAACAUCGCGGAUAUCCCUACACGGCCGUUGUUCAUGCUAUUUGUGGAGCAGUUUUACCCUUCGUUGUUCGACGAGGUGCGCGAUUUCUCUGGGGAAGAGCAGCGACUGACGAGGCUCGCUUUGUUGCUAGAAGGACAGGAUGAAUUUGGAGUAGACCACACAAUCUCUGUCGAGGACAUGACUCUGCGGUCCAACGAAAUUGAUAAUAUGCUCAUCUGA